AAGUUUACCUGUGGCAACCCUGCUGUUCUGACUCUCUCAGUUGCCUCAGCCAUGACCACCAGGUGUUCUGUCUUUCUGCUAACCGCCCUGAUCCCGUGUUUGGGGUUCAAUUUGGACUCGGAAAACCCCACGAUUUUCCAGAUGGACAGAGACGGGUUUGGACAGAGUGUGGUCCAGUUUGACGGAGCCAGGCUUGUGGUAGGAGCUCCCUUGGAGAAAGGAUCUUCUAAUCAGACGGGACAACUUUAUGAGUGUGAAUUUGGCGCUGGCACAAAGGAAUGCAAACAACUCCCCCUGCAGAUCCCCUCAGAUGCGGUGAACAUGUCUCUGGGCAUGACCUUGGCAGCCAGCACGACACCUUCCCAGCUGCUGGCCUGUGGCCCCACGGUGCACCAAGCCUGCGGGGAGAACUUGCACCUGAAUGGUUUCUGCUUCCUGCUCGGUUCAAACCUGCAAUUGACCCGACGGAUCCCACCAGCCCUGCAGGACUGCCCGAAGCAAGAGAGCGACAUCGUUUUCCUCAUCGAUGGCUCAGGUAGCAUAAACUCGGGAGACUUUGAUCGGAUGAAGCAGUUUGUCCGCGCUGUGAUGCGCCGAUUCCAGGGAACCAACACGCUGUUCUCCUUGAUGCAGUUCUCCAACAGCUUCGAGAUACAUUUCACCUUCAAUGAAUUCAAGCGCCACCCGAACCCGGAAAUGCUCCUGUAUCCGAUUUCUCAGCUGACUGGGCUGACGUACACUGCCACUGGCAUCAAGAAAGUGGUGGAAAAGCUCUUCCAGCAAUCACAAGGAGCCCGGAGAGAUGCCACCAAGAUCCUCAUCGUCAUCACCGAUGGGCAGAAAUAUGAAGAUCCCCUGGAAUACUCUGAUGCCAUUCCACUGGCCGAGGCUGCAGGGGUCAUCCGCUAUGCGAUUGGGGUGGGCACUGCCUUUAAAAAAUAUGAAGCCCGGGAGGAGCUGGACACCAUCGCGUCAGAUCCACCCCAAGACCACGUGUUCCAGGUUAACAACUUUGGGGCCCUGGAUAACAUUCAGAGCCAGCUGCAGGAGAAGAUCUUUGCCAUCGAGGGAACCCAGACGGGGAGCAGUAGCUCUUUCCAGCAGGAGAUGUCUCAGGAGGGCUUCAGCGCUCUGCUGACUCCCGAUGGGCCCGUGCUAGGAGCCGUGGGGAGCUUCGACUGGUCUGGGGGAGUCUCCCUGUACCCCCCAUCGGGAGGUUCCAUCUUCAUCAACAUCUCUCAAGAGAAUGGGGACAUGAAUGAUGCUUAUCUGGGUUACUCCGCUGAUGUGGCCACUCAGAGAAGGAUUCGGGGCCUGGUCCUUGGGGCCCCCCGCUACCAACACACGGGGAAGGUUGUGAUAUUCAGGAAGAUUGCUGGGAGCUGGAAUCAGUGGGCAGAGGUCACAGGGUCACAGAUUGGCUCCUAUUUUGGGGCGACCGUCUGCGCCGUGGAUGUGAACAGAGACAGCAGCACGGACCUGGUCCUCAUUGGGGCCCCCCAUCACUACACGCAGAACUCAGGCGGGCUUGUAUCGGUCUGCCCCAUGCCCCUGUGGAGGGAAGAUUGGUGGUGCAAGUCCUUCCUCAGGGGACAGCCGGGGCAGCCUCUGGCCCGUUUUGGGGCGGCCCUGGCCGUGCUGGGGGACACGAAUGGGGAUGGGCUGGCAGACGUAGCGGUGGGGGCGCCUGGUGAGGAGGAGAACCGGGGAGCCGUCUACUUGUUUCACGGUGCGGCGCCGGCCCAGAUCAGCCCCACCUACAGCCAACGGAUUGGGGGUUCUCAGCUCUCCCCGGGACUCCGGUACUUCGGACAGGCCCUGAGCGGGGGGCAGGACCUCACCCAAGACGGAUUGGUGGAUGUGGCCGUGGGCGCCCGGGGCCAGGUACUGCUAUUCAGGUCCCGGCCAGUGCUGAGAGUCGACGUUUCCCUGCGAUUCAUGCCCUCGGAGCUGGCACGGGCCGUGUUUGACUGUGGAGAGCAGACGGUCCCCCACCGGGAAGUAGGGGAGGCGAGAGUCUGUCUCACCGUCCGCAAGACUUCGCGGGACCGGCUGGGUCCAAGUGACAUCCGGAGUUCUGUGACCUAUGACCUGGCCCUGGAUCCUGGACGCCUGAGUUCCCGUGCUGUCUUCGACCAGACAAAGACCCGGACCCUGAGGUCAGAGAGAAGUAUAGGACUGGGGAAGAGCUGUGAGGCCGUGAAGCUGCUGCUACCGGAGUGCGUGGAGGAGUCGGUGACCCCUAUCGUCUUGCGCCUCAACUUCUCGCUGCUGGGCCAGCCCAUCCCCUCAUCUGGGCAGCUCCGCCCCGUGCUGGCCGAGGGCUCACAGGACCUGUUCACUGCCUCUCUCCCCUUCGAGAAGAACUGUGGUGCCGACAGCAUCUGCCAGGAUGACCUCAGUGUCACCUUCAGCUUCUCCAGUCAACAGAGCCUGGUGGUGGGGACGUCUCCGGACCUGAAUGUCACCGUGACGGUGCGCAAUGAGGGCGAAGACUCGUACGGGACCCUGGUCACCUUCUCCUACCCCCCGGGGCUGUCCCACCGCCGGGUCUCCGUGCUCCAGAACCCCCGGCAGCCACGGGCCCUGCGUCUCACCUGCGAGUCCGCGCGGCCGAGGAGCAGCAGCUGCAGCAUCAGCCAUCCCAUCUUCCGGGAGGGAGCCGAGGUCACCUUCCUGGUCACCUUCGACGUCCCGCCCACGGCCGACUUUGGUAGCACUCUGCUCCUCAGUGCCAAUGCCACCAGUGACAACAACACCCCCAAAACCAGCAGAGCCUUCUUCCAGCACCAGCUGCCCGUCAAGUAUGGAGUCAACGUUCUCGUCAACAGCGGAGAACAAUCCACAAGCUACCUGAACUUCUCGGCGUCAGAGGAGAAGAGCGGCCACGUGCUGCAGCACCAAUACCAUGUGAACAAUCUGGGUCUCCGGAGCCUCAGCAUCACCGUGGCCUUCUGGAUCCCCGUGGAGCUGGACGGGCUACCUGUGUGGAUGGCGCCUGAGGUCAUCACCCCUCAGGACUUCCCAGUGCAGUGUGUGAGUGACACAGAAAACCCCCGGGACCCUGGCUUCCGAGCCCUCCUCCAGCAGAGCCCUGACCUGAAUUGCUCAGUUGCUGUCUGCCGGAGAAUCCGCUGCUCCAUCGCAUCCUUCCAAGUCCGAGAGGAACUCACCUUCACCCUCAAAGGCAACCUCAGCUUCGACUGGGUGGGCCAGAUGAAGCAGAAGCGGCUGUCGGUGCUGAGUUCGGCCGCGCUGCUCUUUGACACUGGGCGAUAUGCUCAGUUUCCUGGCCAGGAGGGAUUCCUGACAGCCCAGGUGAAGACCGUGGUGGAACGCUAUGAGGUUUAUGAUCCCCUUCCCCUCAUCGUGGGCAGCUCCAUCGGGGGGCUGGUCCUGCUGGCGCUCCUCACUGCCGGCCUGUACAAGCUUGGAUUCUUCAACCGGCAAUACAAGGACCUGAUGGCUGAAGGAGCUCCAACAGCUGGGGAGACCCCCGAUAUGCCCCACCCUAAGCACCUUCUAGACUGUGAGCCCGUUGUUGGGUAGGGACUGUCUCUACAUGUCGCCAACUUGUACUUCCCAAGUGCUUAGUACAGUGCUCUGCACACAGUAAGCGCUCAAUAAAUACGAUUGAAUGAAUGAAUGAAUGUCCCCCAACUGUACCCCAGUAGGCCCAGGCCGCUUGUCCAGGGACCUAACCUUUAGGCUUUCCCACCCCAGGGGUACCACCCAUGACAGAAGAUGGAUGGUGGUUUACCUGCUCUGUGUUUUUCCAUAGGUGCAAUGGAGAACCCUGUGAUUGUGUGUGUGUGUGUGUGUUUGUAUUUGUAUCUAUUUGCACCCCUGCUAUGGGGAUAAUGGCGCCUUCUCUUCUUGCUGCUAAUAAUAACAGUUGUUACUAUUAUGUUAUUUGUUCAUCACUUACCAAGUCCACCAGCCCUGCAGUAGGUUCUGGUAUCGAUACAAUAUGAGCUGAUCAGACACGGUCUCUGCUCCCCAUGGAGGUCACGGCCUAAGAGGGCGGGAGAAUGGAGAUUUAAUCAGAUAUUUAAACAGAUAUUUUACAAAUAGGGAAACGGAGGCAUAGAGGAGCCUUAGUCAUGUGGUAGGAUCAGGAUGAAAGCCUGGUCCUCUGACUUCCAGUACUGAGAUCUUUUCACUAGGCCCCAUUGUUUCCCCCACUCCUCUCCCCAUCCUACCCGUGUGUGUGUGUGUGUGUGUGUGUGUGUUUGUGUAAUAAUAAUAAUAAUAAUAGUAAUUGUGGUAUUUGUCAAAUGCUCACUAUAUGCCAGGCACUGAACUAAACACUGGGGUGUAUACAAGCUAAUUGGGUUGGACACUGUCCAACGUGUGUACACACACGGACCUCUCAGUGGCAAUAACGAUACCGUUCCCCUCACCCCUCCACCAUCUCUCUGGGCAGGUGCGAAGCCUUGGGCAAUCUUGGGCAGGACGGCCCUAUGGAGAUUCCCGAUAAGGGCGGGCACAGGUGGGAUUUUCUGAGGAUGUGUCUGACACCAGGUGGCUCCAUAUAAGUGUGUAAACCCACUGGUCAGGGGUUGAUGUCCGCGAGUUCCCAUUCUAAGUAGAAAUAAAUGGAACUGAGGGGUUU